UGUCUUUUUCUGGUUAUUAUUGACCAUAACAAGUCUCAUUACAUGUUUACACUUGAACAGCAUAAGGAUCUCAAAUGAAUUAGGGGAUGGUAGUGCAAAAGCUGCAUAUUUAGCGGUUAAAGUCACCAUGUUUUUGGGCUCUGCAGUGGGGAUUUUGGAAUUUGCUGUCCUUAUGUUGGUACGCAAAGUUUGGGGGCGUGCUUUUACCAACAUACAUGAAGUGGCCACAUAUGUGACUGCCAUUAUCCCAAUUGUUGCAAGCUCUGCCUUUAUAGAUUCAAUUCAAACAGCAUUUCAAGGAGUUGCCAGAGGAUGUGAUAGGCAGAAACUUGGUGCAUUAAUUAAUCUAGGAUCUUAUUAUCUUUUGGGCGUUCCUUUUGCAAUUGUGACAGCUUGUGUCCUCCACACGAAAGGACAGGGAUCGUAUUAGCACUUAUUGUGCAAGUGGUGUGUUUUCUUGUGGUCACCUUACGCACCAAAUGGGAGAAAGAAGCAAAUAAGGCAGCAACAAGAUUAGGAGGCAGUAUAGUCCAAGUUGAGGCACUUCAGGGUAACCAAAAUGUUAAUACUACUGCUUGAAAGUUGAAGAACCUUUAUUAUAGUACGUGUAGGAGUGAGUUACCUUGGAGUCUAAACUCAGCACCAAUGUUACUUGUAGCACAACCAAAUUUUUUUCCUUAACAUGCACUACAAAACAGUAAUUCGUGCUGGUAUUCAGUUAUAUGAUUGGGAUUUGAUUUCUUUUAAAGUGAGGGACACACUUCUU